AUGACCGCUCAUGCGGACGAGUUCCUAGUAGUGUUGAAACUAAUCCAGAGACUGUUGCACGAUACACAUCGAGAUGGAUGGGUGCUCCAUUCGACUGACUUGCACAGGCCCCGUAUUGAUACCCUUGUCCUUUUCAUCAAACGUCUAUGUCGCCAUUGUUGGAUGAUCAGUGGUGGUCCCCGAAGCACCGAUUCGCUUACGGGUCGUUGUAUUCACCUGGCAGUGGGUCAGAUUCUGUUGCCAGAAUUUUCGCAUGACACAAAAGAUACCGAGUCGCUUUUCUAUGACUUUGUUUGUCAAAUCCCUGCGUAUUAUUCCUUGCUGGUACUACCUGGUAUUGCAUUUCGAUUUGUCGCAGAGAAAAGCGCCCGUCUCGAUUUGCUUUGUCGCAGCUCAUUCUAUCCAGAUGUGCUAAACUUUUUAGUACAAAGUCAAGCCUACUGUGAGGCUGAGUCGGUUCUGACUCAAUGGGUUGCUUAUGCAUUCCAAUCCGAGGGUCCAUGGGACAUGGAACAAUAUCGCAUUCCCGUGCAUCGACUCGAUCCAUCUGUUCAGCAGUGGAUGCAAGGACAAAUGGUCAAGUUUUUAGAUAACCACCCGCGUGGUGUCUUUUGCUGGCUCCAUCCUGAUGUCCAAGGCUUAUUUUCAGAUGACGUUAACAGCCCCCGUGACCUAUCCACAGACAUUGUAAAGGGUACCCGUCACAUUAUGUGCGGUGUUCUUCGCCCUCUUGAGGAUAUAUCGACGGACACAAUUCAACAAGUGCCAGUACCUUAUCUUUAUGAUACGUUGUCAAGGGAACUGGCCACGCGUGUCGGGGCCUGUUGGCACCAAAGUAAGUCGCAUACUUCUUUUGCUGAAAGGCAAAAGCUUGAUACCUACAUUCUCGAAAUGACGCAAUGUGUGAGUGAUUUUGCACUUCAUGGACAUGAGCAGCUAGUGGUGGUCGCUAUAGAACUGGCUAUUCUUGCGAUCAUCCGCAUUGGAACGUACCAUGGCACAAUUUCUACGAUGCAGCUUCUUCAGGAUCCAGAGUGUCGUUACUGUAAACAGAUGUCUGGGCACAACAAACAUAAAGAGCUGCUGGAAUUGAUACGUCAACUUUACAAUGCGCAACAGGAUGUGGCACUGCAGUCUAUUAUUGACUCGCCAGAUAGCUCACCGCUGAAGGCGCUGAGUAACGAAGGACUGGAUUUGGGGCAUACAUUCAUGCUAAUUGCCAAGGAAAUGCAGUGGCACAAUAUGGCGCUACCAGAGGCUCAAGCCCUUGCUGUAUGUUCUCAGUGGAUGACCGCGUCUGAUAUGCCGUGCUCGGACGAAUUCUUUAGGAGGUUGUCAAUGUACCAGGCCGAUGCGGAAAACCGCGCAUUGCUCACCAGUAGCCAAGCGGGGGCAUAUAUUUACGACGACAUUGUGGAUGCAUGGGUAUCUCCUGAAAGUAGCAGACCCACGAUGCACAGGUCUAUACGUGAAAAAGAAAAUAUCGCGCCGCUUAAGCGCCGACGAAGGCACACCGACAUUUUGCCGAGAUGCGCUGACUUCGCACAGGAGGAGGACGACGAGAUCGACUUUCUUGGUCAUGCUGACGAGAUCAACUCAUCGCGUGUACGUAGAAAGGUCCAGCGUCUUGACGUAGCGCGCGAAGCAAGCCGCUCUCAGAUGCUGGGCCACCGUUCUCGCCGUGCGUCACUUCUUCCCUACUUGUAA